CCAGGCUACGGUCUAAGUGUUGCUCACUGAUAUUUUUGGAAUGAAGAAAUGGCAGAGACCUCAAUAGCAAUUAAGUGGCACAAACAGUCUUUCUCAAAUUAAUGGCAUCUUUGCUGUGCAAAGAUGGAAAGGAACAUUGAAUUGUAUUAAUGAUUGUUCUACGACUAGGUGAGAAUUCUGAAUUCUCUGGCUUAGAAAGGAUCUUAGAAAGACAUCGAUUUCCCAAAGAGAUUAAUCUGACCCCCAAACCAAGCAGUAUGCCCCUGUGGAGAAGAAAAGUCAACAACAAUGCAAAUCAGGGGUGGAAGAAAUGCCAUGUGUGGAAUAAAAACACAAAGGAGCCUCCAGUGUCAACCAUAGUUGUCAGUAAUACUGCUCCCUCUGUUUGCUCCCCCUGCCAGACGGCUGAAAAAGAACAUGCGACCCACUGAAGAUCUUGACUCGGUCAUCCAGAGACUGUCGGUGUUUGGGCCGAUCAAGUCAGUGAGCCUGUGUGGACGGCAAAGUGCAGUAGUGGUUUUCGAACACACGGUCUCAGCCUGCAGCACUGUGAAUGCCUUUCAGAGCAGGACGCCGGGCACAAUGUUUCAGUGUGCCUGGCAACAGCGAUUCAUAGCGAAAGACGUAAGACUCCCCACUACCAAAAACCUACAUAAAUUCUCAAAGCUGGUUUCACAUCAUUUGUUUUUCAUCAGGGCUCU